AUGGAUAGAGUGGUAGUGGAGGACGAAGAGGGCGUGGGACGCGCUGCCGGCGACACAUCGCUGGUCACCGACGACAGUGGCGAACGAGUGGCGGAACAUCCCCUCAAUAGCGCGCCGCCAACGGCUGAGACACUCGUGAGUAAUGCCAACCAAAGAGUCGUAUACAUCGACUUAGACAUGGAUUCAGAGGACGAAAUGUGCGAGUAUUUCGACAAUUCCUGUCGAGUCUCGCGCGUGGAAGCGCUCAAAGAAGAGGAAGAAUUGGAAAUAUGGUCGUGGGAUGAGUUUGACGCGUUUACCCGAAAUCUGCAGAAAGUGGUCAGCCAAGAGUUCGACCACUUAGCCGUACUCUACCGCAUGUCGGGCCGCAAACACACUGUCGCCGAACUGCGGGCCAAUCAGAAGCUAGUGGUCAAACUGAAGACAGAGAUCGAGGUGGAAGUGGGCAACUUUUUUGACCAGAAGUUUGAGCCCCGGAAUAAUUCCGAGAGGCUUCGGGCGAUAGAAGCCGUCAAAGAUGUGGCCAAACGCUUGAAACUGGAGGACAACGGUUUCCCAACGCUUACCGAUUGGUUUGAGUUCAUCGACCGGCGGCCCGAAGUGGCCGAUCGAUUGGCCCGAUUCAACGACACGUGUAAUAAAGUGAUCGCUAAGAAGCGCGAAGGCCUCGAGAUAUCGGUGGCCAACGAUUACGACCUGGAAGUGCCUGAAUUGGAGCAAUACGUCGGCGAAUGCGUGUACGACAGGAAACUGUACCCGAAGUUGACGGCCACCGACGCCGAGAAGUAUACGAUUCACUUCGAAGAAGAAGAGGACGAAUUGACAAUAGUUUAUGACUCGUUGGCAGAGAAGAUCACAAAUCUUCGAAUCACAUCCAAUGAAUGGCGAGACACGACUGACACUAAUAUUAUAAACAGUAAAUCAAAGUCCAAUGUGUGGCCGAAUAAGAGUCAACCGAUAGAACCAAUUAGUGAUGCGAUCAACACAUCGACGACUUCGAGGCGCGCGGAGAGCGUCAACAACGCCGACAAGAAGUGCGUGGAAGAGAUCCGCGACCAUCGCAUCGACUUAAGCGGUCACAUCGAGUAUCUGUUGAAAUGGAAAGACUGUCCCGAAAAGGAGAACACCUGGAAGUUGGGGACACACGUCACCGACUGUCAGGAGUUGUUGCAACGGUUCCGCAGCGAGACUGUCAACGGCCGAUACCCGGCGAAGUGGUCGUGGGAUGAGUUGGACGCGUUUACCCGAUAUCUGAAGGAAGUGGUCAGCCCCGAGUUCGACGACUUGGCCGUACUCUACCGCCUGUGGGACCACAAACACACUGUCGCCGAACUGCGAGCCAAUCAGAAGCUAGUGAUCGAUCUUAAGACAGAGAUCGAGGGAAAAGUGCGCAACUUUUUUACUCUAAAGUUUGAAAGCAAGACAAACCUCGAGAGGUAUCGGGCGAUGGGAGAGAUUAAUGUUGUGGCCAAACAGUUACGGCUGAGGGACAAUGGCUUCGAGACGCUGACGAAAUGGUUUGAGUUCAUCGACCAGCGGUCCGAUGUGGCCAAAGGAUUGGCCCGAUUAGCCCACACGUGGAAUAAAGUGAUCCGCGAAAAGGGCGAAGGCGUCGAGAUAUCGGUGGCCAACGAUUACGACCUGGAAGUGCCUGUUUUGAAGCGAUACGUCGGCAAAUGUAUGUACGAUAAGAAACUGUACCCGAAGUUGACGCCCACCGACACCGAGAAGUAUACGAUUCACUCGUGUGAAUGCCAGGACUGCUUCCAAGAUAAGAAAAAGUGCUGUCCGGCGCGCAACAAAUCCUCGAUGGUCUACGACGGGAAGGAUUUGCUCCGGAAGAAUAUUCUAAAUAAAAGCACUAACACAAUGAUCUUCGAGUGUAAUGAUAAGUGCAAGUGCGGACCCGAUUGCGCCAAUCGUGUGAUACAACGCGGCCGGGUUGGAGCGCUGGAGCGCAUACCGAGCGGCGCAUUCGUGUCCAACUACUCGGGCGAAGUCAUAUUGUCGACAGAGGCCGACAAACGGCCCAACAUUUACUUGUUUGACGCUAUUUGGCCGAAGAGGCGCUGGUUUGGCACAGUUGACGAUCGGGCCAAUGAGUAUGUGAUCGACGCCUACAAGUGCGGUAACGUCAGCCGUUUUAUCAAUCACUCGUGCGAACCCAACUGCCGCGCCCUCUACUCAUACGUCCGCUCGUAUAACAAACAUUUUCCGACUGUUUCGCUGUUCACCACCCGUGCGAUCGAACCGUACGAAGAGCUCACCUAUGAUUACGGCAAUGCAUUUACAACAGCGCCAAAGAAUUGGACCGAAGAGGCGAACAGUAAUGGCAACGGCGUGUCCACUGGUGUGGCCAAUGGUGAGAGCAGACCCGCGGCCGACAGACCCGAGCGGUUGGCCUUAAAGCGCAUUCCGUGUCACUGCUCAACGAUAUGCCGCAAAUCUCUGUAUUUAAAAACCUUUAUUUAA